AUGUCUAAUCAACAAGGUACACAGACACAAGAUACUGAUUAUUCCAGUGACUUUGAUGAAUUUGCUGCAACGUUCAACAAUUUCAAACCGAAAGAAUUUAAAUCAACGACAGAAACAAGUACUUUGAUUCUGAGUGCUGCCAGACUAGAAUUAGAAUCAAUAACUUUGAAACAAACAAUGUCAGACACAAUAAAAUCGUUUCUGAAACUUCCAGUUAAAAAACUAACGGAGACUCAUUCACAAGUCAAACAACUUUAUAAAGAUAUUCUGGAUUUGAAACAGACAAUUAAUGAGACCAACCAAAUUGUUAAAGAAGAGUUGUUAGAGAUUAAAAAUUCAUUUUUGAACAACCAAGAGCAAUUUAACCUCCAAAUCCAAGACUUGGUUUCGAAUCAGUCGAUGGUUCUAGAAAGCAGGUUUCUGGAACAAACAAACUACGUUCUGGAAAUUAUUGGGAAGGAGCGCCAAUUAUUUGAGACUUCACAACAACAAUGCCAGUAUAACUUACAAGAAAAAAUAAAUCAACAGUCCAUAGAAUACAACAAAUUGACAACUCAAAUCGAAGGACAAAAUAAAGACAUACAAGAAAUCAAACAAUUUUUAAAAUUAUUGGUCCCUAGAAUAGUUGGAAUCGAAGCAUCCUAUAAAGUACUUUCAACUGAAAAUCCGAUAAUGGAAAGCCAACAAAAACCAAGACCAAUAAAACGGAAAAAACAAAGCUAG